AUGCACCGAGUCAACCGCCUUCUUGAGGUCAAUUGGCAGUGGCUCUGCGCUGCCCCUGGCGCUCCGGGCUCUCGAAUUGUCGUCCCUUCUGCUGCGUCAAUGAAGGUCCUCUGUUGUGGCGGCGGCUGCUCUGAGCUUCGUGUUGAGUCACCCCUGAGUCUCGGGUCCGUUGCUUCGAACGCCCCGCCCUGGUUCAAAGCUCAAGCAGCCGGUCGGGACGCAGGAGUAUAUAAAGCAGCUGGGCGAAGGAAGCAGCACAGUCUCCAGUCGGCUGACACCAAGAUGAAGGCCCUCAUCCUGCUGACCAUCGUUGCAAUUGCCUCGUGCAACCGCUACAACUCGGGGGGAUCUCCAACCGGCCCCCACGGCCCUGUGCACCGGAGCCUAUGUCGCAACACGCCAGUCAUCGACCAAAUCCAGGACGGUAGCGAAUACCACUACUCCUGGUGUCACGAUAACUACCGUAACUACACCCACGCGGCAGCUAAUAACUACUGCGCUAACUUGGGUCCCGGUUGGCAGGGCGUUAGCAUCGAGAGCAGGCCUGAGGACAACUUCAUCAGCGGUGUUAUUGCUUUACAUAACCUGGCUUACAUCUGGACGAGCGGCGAGAGAGCCUACAGCGGGUGGCGGUGGGCGUCGGGCGCGCCCUUCCUCAACUUGAACUGGUCCGCGACGGGGGCCGAUGGCGUCCGUCAGCCUGACAAUCGCGAGAACAACAACGAAGCCUGUCACGCCGUCCUCAACAACUUCUACAACGAUGGCAUAAGGUGGCAUGACAUCGCCUGCCACCAUGUCAAGCCAAUCAUCUGCGAGAGGAAGCGCGGGUCCGGAUACCACUGAUAAGCGAUAACGGAUUAGGAGGUCGAUUUGUGAGAGAUAAUUUCGCUUUUGCCGGAUUUGCGGUCGUAAUAGGCAUGGGUUUGUUAAUACGUGCAGAUUUAUGUUUAUACUAUAUAUAUGCAUACAUAUGUGCAUAUAUACAUGUAUACAUACAUGAAUACUUACACACAUACAGACAUGAAUAUUUGCACACAUACAUACAUACAUAUAUACAUACACAUAGAUACAUGAAUAUACAGAAGCACAUAUAUACAUAUAUACAUACAUGAAUAUACACAUACAUACAUAUAUACAUACAUACUUAUAUACAUACAGACAUACAUCAUUUCAGUCUUGUUAUAUCAUGAACGUAUAUGGUCAGAUUGCACAUUUUGCAAAUGCAAUUAUCUAUUCUCCUUCAAGGCCUUCCGGUUUCCUGUCCUUUUAAAAAGCCCAAGAGUCACGAGAUGUGUUUGUUUGUUUCUUGUUACUGUGAUUGUUUGUUGAUUUGAUUUGUAAGACAAUUCGAAAAUUAAAACCAUUUGGUAUUUGCAACGA